GCGGGUUCUAGUCUAUAGUUGUCCGUUGUUCGUUAUACGGUUUAGGUGCGAAGUUACGCGCGGAAAUUCUGGCCGUUAGGACCCAGUGCUUUUGUAUUCUAGAACAGUGAUUCGCCGAUGCGGGACGACGCGGAAAUCUGCAGCUAGAGAUUUUUCACAUUUUCUUGUGAUUUUUUCAUCCGGAGUGUUCGUACACUUAUCUACCGGAAAGUGUCGGUUUUUUUUUUUUGUUUAGUGCGAAAAAGGACUGUUUUGUAAACGUAGUGUGACAGUGACUAUUAAUGUUCUAAACCUGUGAUAAGAAAACUCAGUUAUUUUGUUUUAAGUAUACUCGAAUCCACGCAUCCGCGAACCCAACCAACACCCAGAGUGCCUACUCCUAGAACAGGUUCUUUUAUGGUUGGAACGAAGCGGUGGACCAGCUCUACCGCUAAACCUUGGUCCCGAUGCGUUUCGAAAGUACGCUGGACGCACCCGAAGCCGUGAAAAAAAUGGCCUACCAUCCGUUUCUUCAAUUACCACGCCAGACGGACUUUAGCGUGUCCUCGUUACUCACGGCAGCCAACAACAACUCACCCUCCAACACGUCACCGACUGGACCUGGAGGGGCCGGUGCCUUUUUUCCCUCGUUGUUGGCCCAGCAAGCCGCUGCUGGUCCGCACGGGUGUUAUCCAGGAACUUUGAUACCCAAAAUACCUCAUCCGCAUCACGCGUUGCCUGGACAUCCUUAUACCACUGCUGAGGACGUACUUUUACAGGCUGUCCAUAACCACCAUUCUGCUAUGGUAAGGCCUCUGCGUGCAAUUCAACCAGAAGAUGAUGGUGUGGUUGAUGAUCCCAAAGUGACCUUAGAAGGCAAAGACCUUUGGGAAAAGUUUCACAAAUUAGGAACUGAGAUGGUGAUAACUAAAAGCGGAAGACAAAUGUUUCCCCAAAUGAAAUUUCGCGUGUCCGGUUUGGACUUAAAGGCCAAAUACAUCUUAUUGCUGGACAUUGUAGCCGCUGACGAUUAUCGCUACAAAUUUCACAACAGUCGAUGGAUGGUAGCUGGUAAAGCCGACCCAGAAAUGCCCAAAAGAAUGUACAUCCAUCCGGAUUCACCGUCAACUGGCGAACAGUGGAUGCAAAAAGUGGUCAGCUUCCAUAAACUAAAACUAACGAAUAACAUCUCGGACAAACAUGGAUUUUUAAAAGACAAGUCCAUUGAUUUUCUGACGAUACUGAACUCUAUGCAUAAGUACCAGCCUAGGUUUCACUUGGUAAGGGCGAACGACAUCUUAAAACUACCCUACUCGACGUUUCGGACCUAUGUCUUCAAGGAAACGGAAUUUAUUGCAGUUACAGCUUAUCAAAAUGAAAAGAUUACACAACUCAAAAUCGACAAUAACCCAUUUGCCAAAGGCUUCAGAGAUACGGGAGCUGGAAAACGUGAAAAGAAACAAGCGAUGCUGGCGCAACGGCAUACAGACGAUAAAAUUUCGCAUCCUUUACCGGCACGCAUGUCCGCGGACAGUAGUACUGUAUCCAAAACGGACGAUGGAGAACUGGACGUUGUUGGUACUGCAGAUAGUCCAAGACCCAGUCUCAAUACAUCUACUGCAGCAUCGAGCCACAAUCACAGUGGUGCCGAAGACGACUCAAUUCGUCGCAGACUCCAUGACGAUAGUGGUUCGGAAUCUUCUUGCAGUGAGUCUCCAGGAAGUACUGCUUUCCGACCUCGACCAUCCUCCCCCAAAGAUGCUGCAGGUCCAUCGAAUUCCAGCGGAGAAUAUCCUUCGCCCAAUAUAAGUGUCGGACCUCCCAUUCAUCCCCCGCCUCAUUUACUGCCUUACUUUUAUCCUCCCGGUAUUUACCCUGGAGCAACUGGACAUAACCCGUUUGGACCCUCUUUGAACCUAUUCACUGGAGGUCACUCGCCUGCAGGAAUGAACCCUAGCAUACUUUUCAAUGCUCAGCUUGCACUGGCCGCUCAACAUCCAGCAUUGUUUAGCCAUUACCAAAACUUGGCGCAUCCGAACCCUCACAAUCACCAUUUAUCUCCUACGUCUCCUUUGCAUAAUCACCUUAAAGGAGGUCAUAGGUUUACGCCUUAUACAUUACCUACAAGCACCUCAGGAGGAGUAAGUUCAUCUCCACUUGGAAGCGCUUUCGAAACAGUAACGCCGAGUUCUCACACUAGAAGUUUGAGUAAUUCUCCAAACAGCACCAAAAUUCGUAGUUCUUCGCUAUCACCGCCGGUAAGGGCGAGCACAGUUUCACCUAAACCCGAAACGGCCAAUUCACCAAGUGAUUUGAAAAGUAUAGAAAAAAUGGUGAACGGACUUGAUGUGAAACACACUAGUGAACUUAUCGGGGACAAUGGUGAUAAAUAAUAGUGAUAGUGAUUUUUGGUUGUUAGUUAUUUGGUGAUAUUGUGUGAUGCCGUACUUUUCAAGAAGGAUUUUAUUGUGAAAUUUGGUUUCACAAAAAAAUUCACGAAUAUUUUUACCGGGAUUUGAUUGCAAUAUUAUCGCUCACAAAGAGAGGUUCACCUACGCAAAGAUCCUAAUGUUUCCAAUGCUAAGGAAUUAUUAACUUUAAAAUAAUGUAAAUUUGGAAUCAUAUUGUUAUAGGCUUUGACAUGAGGAAUUUUUCGUUUUAAAUUAUUUUCGAGUUCCUAUAAAAUGGAAUAUGAGGCUACUUUAUAGUCGGAAUGAUGUUUAGCUCAGGUGAGUCAUGCUCAUUUAUACACUGAUUCAGUUUAUUGAUGUUUAUUUCACAUGUGCCAGACUCUCAUUUUCAAUUAGAAGUUUGGAAAAUGCCUUAAUUCAGCCCAUUAUCAUCUCAAUUGAACCAAAAAGUAAUUCAUUUUGAAACUUUACUUCAAAUUAUUUCAAAUCAUCUGCAGAAAUGAAUUUAAUUCAGCUGAGCUAAAUAAAAUCUAUUAAAAAAUAUUACACUUGUAUUUUGCGAUAUAAUUGGUAAGAAGAAACUAAUGAGUUUUCAUACAGACAUCAGAAAUAUACAGGUAUUAUGUAAUUUACAUCUUUUAUGAUAAAACCAAAUCCACCUACACCAGUUUUGGAUAAUAAGGUAUGUUCAAAAUGGAUUUGAAAGCUCAUUAAUUUUGUUUUCUUUCUCUUAUAGUUUCUCCCCUCUGGUAUAUCUUCACAAAAUGUUUCACUCAGUUUAAACUAUCUUUUUUUUUUAAGCUUUAAUAGUUAGUUUCGUAGUGCAAUAGUACAUUUCUUUAAGCUAUUUUAGUUGAUUUUUGCCAUAAUAAUAACUAAAAGAGUGAAACACUUUGUGGACAAAAAAAUUUCUCUUUACCUACUUAUAACCUCUAAGUGCUUUUCGUAAUAUAAAAAAAAUUAAGCUUAACGCAAGAGUACAAACCUUUAUAAUGUGUAAAAAAAAAUAUAAAUAAAUAUUUCACAAUUAAAAAAAUGUUCAUUCAUUAUUUUGUUGGUGCUAUUCAUUCUCAUUAUUCAUCGGCCUUGCUGUAACGCAUAGUAGGUUUCCUAUAGUUGUUGCAGUGAAAAUCGAACCUACUAUGCAUAAUAUUUUGGCCGUUGUUUUUUAGUUAUGUUAUAACAAAUUUAAAGUAGACAGACAGUGCUAACAUAAUAUAUCUGUGGAAUUUAAAUAGAAAAAUGUUCCUUUUUUUUUUUAAAUAAUUUGUAUAUUUAUUUUAGGAUUAACUUGUAAAUAUUUGUUUCUUGUCUUUAAAACUCUUGUAAUAAAUGUAUUAUAUUUGUAUAAUAUUAAUUCAAGAAUGUUUUAAAUUAUUUCUGUUUUGCCAAAGAGCGAUUUUCAAUAAUUUUUUCAAGAAUUGAAAGAUCUUUUAAGUGUUAAACACGAUAAUUGGGGAAAUGGAAAUUUUGUAUAAUUAAUUUUUAGUUGUAUAUAUUUUCGACAUGGUACGACCGUGAUGUGUAUAAAAUACGACUUUUGUUAACAAUAAUUAUAAAAAUCAGCCCAAAAUGUGUGAGAUAAUUUUUCACAUACAUUAUAAUUUGUUUUUGAUUUUUUUGUUUAAACACACACAAUAUAAUAUUACUAAAGAAUAUGAUGAUAAUUUAUUAUAAAAAAAAAAGAAAUGUAUUGAAGUAGACGAAAGGAAAUAAAAAUGUGAAUUGUCGCUGUGUAUAUGUCAUUUAGUUUUAAGGAAUAAAAUAAAAAAUUAAUAUUAAAAUUGGUGUUUCAUUUGAUUCAAUAAUAAAGGAC